AUUACUCAUUAUCAUAGGUUACAAGUUUCGAGUGAGGCAGUAAACAGCAGUCACGGGUGCUGAAACUGAAGCACAGCGCAUCAGCUAACCGAACCCUGUGACUUCACACAGUUAGGUAAAGUCGGGUUGCUGUGAAAGAUUUAGGAACUGCAGAACUGAGCUAUUGAAGAAAUCGGGAACGUGUUUUCAGUCGAGGGGAACCAGCUGAAGUUUUUGGGAACCACAAUGUCUUCAAAACCAUAUGGAAGCCCUCCGCCCUAUCAUCCCGGGAGUGGAUACAACCCGUCAAACUAUGCACCGAGCAGAGGCAUAUACGGCGAGCCUAUGGGUUCCCAGCCUGCAUUCUCCUACUAUCCAGAGGACGAGAAGGAACAGAAUUUCUACAAGUGGAAUUCCCCGCCAGGAAUCAUCAAGAUCCUCUCUGUAAUCAUCGUCGUCCUGUGUGUCGGCAUCUUUGCCUGCAUAGCUUCCACACUGGCUUGGGACACAGACAUGACCAACGUGGGGGGCAUGGGCAUGGGUAUGGGCACAGGAAUUGGGGGGUACGGCGGUUACGGGAGUGGCUUCGGCUCGGGCUCCUCAUCUUACGGCGGCUACAGCGGGGCAGGAUUGGGCGUCGGAGGCAACUACACCAACCCCCGCACAGCCAAGGGCUUCAUGAUUGCCAUGGCCGCCAUUUGCUUUGUCGCAAUGCUGGCGGUCUUCAUCAUCACCGUCUCCAGGUCGAACAUAGGCAGGUCGCGCAAGUUCUACCUGGCUGUGAUCAUCUUCUGCACCGUCCUUGCCGUCAUGAUGUUCAUCGCCACCAUCGUCUACCUCAUUGGGGUGAACCCCACUGCACAGGCUGCCGGCUCUGCGUUCUACAACCAAGUGGUCAUGCUGUGCGCGCAGUUCCAGAACCCACAGCAAUCAGGGAUCUUCAUCAACCAGUAUCUGUACCACUACUGCGUCGUGGAACCACAAGAGGCAAUUGCCAUUGUGUUUGGCGUGAUCGUCACUGUGGCAUUGGCCAUUAUCAUUUUCUUUGCUGUGAAAACACGCGGCAAGAUAAAUAAAUAUGGGAAAAUGAACAUCAACUGGGAAAAGGAGCAUGUUCCAGUAGAAGGAACAGCCAAUGUCGAGGAUUGGGUAAACAACGUGACAGGAGAGCCGGGUGAUCUGGUGUCCGACUAUCCAGAGAAAUUCAACGGCUCAAUGUGCAUGGUGGAUGAGGAGCCCAGCAGAGUCCAGUCCCCUCCUCCUAAAGUGUUGGUUCCUCUGAGCAAUCCGCCCCCCAAAGUGUACAGCAGCAGCUCUGAGGACCCGUCGACUCAGAGGAAGCCUCCCAAGAAGAGGAGACCGGGUCGGGCCAGGAAAGCAGACACACAGGGCUACGACACUGACUACACCACCGGAGGGGAGUCCGGGGAGGAGCUGGACAACGACGACCUUGAAAGUGAGUACCCCCCAAUCAGGGGAGACCAGCAGAGGCAGGAGUACAAGCGCGAGUUUGACGCUGACCUGCAGGAAUACAAGAAGCUGCAGGCGGAGAUGGACGAAAUCAACAAGGACCUGUCUCGACUGGACAGAGAGCUGGACGAGCUGCAGGAAGGGACGCAGGAGUACGAGUCUGUUGCUGAUGAAUUUUACUUAUUAAAGGACAAAAAGAGAUCUGCCGACUAUCGGAAGAAAAAACAGCGCUGCAAAUACCUGAAAGCAAAACUGUCUCACAUCAAGAAGGUGGUCGCUGAUUACGACCGAUCAUGAACACCCCAAUGUACAGUGUGCCAACACAGCCUCUGAUACCAGCAUUGAAUCUGUGAGGAGGAGGAGAAAACACACGGGCCAUUCAACUGAGUGCUCGUGAUUUGUAUGUGAUUUUUAUAUGCGGUUUUAAUUAAAUAAAUAAAAUAUUUGGAGAAAGAGGAUCAGUAAAAUGCUUUAUUGCUUGCCUUGUUUCUAGCCUGUCCUAAUUAACGUUAAGUGUGAUCUGUUAAAAAGAACAGACAACUGUUUUUUGUCAAAUCACAUCAUUGAAUGUUUUAGCUGUCUAGAUAACAGAGAGGGUUAAGGUUAUAUAGACUUUUACAACCUUAACUUUGUGUUCUGUUAUAAUGCAGUGUGUAGCUUACUGGCUAGUGUCUUUGGUUAUGAGUGUUUUUUUUUAUUUUUAUUUUUUUAUAGGGUGCACAUUAUUGCAGGUUAACUAUUUUUUUUUUUUUUUUAUAUUUGGUUACUGACCAUUGAUUGAACCUACAGUCGUCAGCCUCCACAGUCUGCUUUGUCUGUCAUGGUUUUUUCACUGAAAUAAGGGUCGUUUUGCCACGUUUAGUGCUAGCAGUAGUUUGUAAAGACAUUUUUAUUCUGAAAUAACUGGAAUUGAACACAUUUU